AUGUCUCAAAGUACUCCUUCAAAGCAAUCGUCUCCCUCCUCUGAAAAAGCAUCGGAGUCUAGGGCACCCAAUGUGGUGACUGAUCAAGAUGUUGUGUUGAAUGUCGCACCAUUGAACACUGUUCCUCCUUCCGAUUCUGCUCGCAGUCAACCAAGAAAGAUAAUCUUGAAUGAAGGGCACAAGGUUGAAGGAAUAUCUGUUCCUCUAGCCCAAAUGCCUGCUUCCGAUGAUGAUCAAGGUGAGCAAGAUGAUGCCAGCAAAGAUCAGGAUAAAAAUGAUGAGACAUCUGCUGAUAAAAAUGAUGAGACUCCUGUUGCUAAAGAUGUUGAGACAUCUGUUAAUAAUGACGAGACCCCUGUUGCCAAAGAUGUUGAAACAUCUGAAGCUAUCAAUGUUGAAGCCUCUGGUACCAAAGAUGAUGAGACUCUUGCACCUGAGAAAGAUGAAGAGUCUGCUGAUAGUGGUGAUGAUCAUGCUGCUGGUAGUGAUGGUGAGAAGAUGGAUGCUGAUAGUGAAGAUGAAUAUAAGGUUGAGGAUGAUGAGGAUGUUGAUGUCCAGACUGGACGUCUUGGAUGA